AUGGAUGAUAAAGGAGAAAAAAAAAUGGCAAAGAGAGCCCCCAAUUUCACCAACAAAGAAGAGGUCAUUUUGAUGGGCCUGGUUAAAGCCUACAAGCAUGUGUUGGAAAAUAAGCAAACUGAUUCAAAUUUCAAUAAAAAAAAACAGGAGUGCUGGAGAGAAAUAACCUCCAGAUUCAAUUCACAAAGUGGGGAAGUAUAUAGGGUUUCAGUUAACCUGAGAAAAAAGUAUGAAAACUUGAAAAAGAAAACAUGCAAAAAGCUAAGGGAGUCAAAAACCUAUGUAAUGGGCACUGGCACGGGCACCCCAAAAUCAGAAAUUCUGUCUGAGAUUGAUGUCGAGAUACGAGACAUUUUGGGCGUUAGGGUAGAAGGUUUGAAUUCAGAAUUUGGGGGUGAUGCACAAAAUAACGAGCUAGAUGUUGAUAAAAGCAGGGAGAAUUUAAAUGUGGAUAAUCAGGUGGAUGAUACUAUAGAUAAAAUAGAUACUUUAGAGAAAAACACACCUUGGGCAAAGAAUAUGGUCCAGAGCUUGAGAACGCCAAAAUCAAGGCACUGA